UUUCGAUGAAACCGGUGUACUGCGCUUGCGGAGAUUAUAUUGCACCUUCCUGCUAAAUAGUGAUCAGAUUCAUAAAUACUAGCCUACGAGCUACGUCUAUGCUUCAAAUCUGGUUAUGUCGGCUCACUUGAACUGACCUCACAACCGGCUAGUACCAAGCUGGUCGGAUUUGAAAGAUUAUCAACGAUUUAUAGAAAUGACAUAGAGGCCUUACAGAUACAUUUGUGCUUUUGUCGCUCUUCUAAUCUGCGUUUUGUGGAGGGGAAGCGGCGAGAUCUGGGAGCACAUUUUGUUUCCUCAGUGAUUAAUAACUACCUCAGCCAGCAGAAGGAAACGGCGAGGACGUUGAGGCCGGCGAAGUUUCCGAAAGCAGUCCUAUCAGCUGGCUUCUGCUCACCGCCACACAGUGUGAAGAGAAUCUCUGACUGGUUGUCUGCCCUCGCUCUGCUCCAUACACACAGCCAAUAGGCUGCCAUUGCAGAGAGGAAGUGAAGUGACAAGGCGCCAUUGUCCUACCGGAGAACAGAUUUUGUCUCUUUUUGUCAGACUCCUUGCUGUUGACCAGUACCACAUUUCUUUUCAGAUUCUUGGCUUUUGUUUUUGCUUAAAGCUUUUAAAGAUUUUCUAUCAGUAAAAACAUCUAAAUAUACAAACUAUAUACAUGUUGUACAAAGAAGACAUUUUCUGCUUCCAUUUGAAGGAAUUGUUAUGCACAUGAAUCUUGUCUUGGAAUGAGAGAAUCGUGGAGUGUUUUCAGUUUUUUGCUCUGUCCUCUCAUAAACCAUUGACUCCCUUUGAGGCAGAAAAUACAGAUUUGGAAAGGUGCAUUUCUGCCUGUUAUUUUUACUGGGACUGUCCACCGUGAGCUGCAGCAGGGCUGCACGUAAACAUCACACUCAGUCAGCAAGUUGUUACCCUGCUCUCUCUGCAUCGCUCUGUUAGUUCCAAAGCAUUUUGAGAUGAGCCUCUGGCAGAUGGAGCCCUUAAGUUGUCUUUUUCCAUAAAUUCCAGGACUAUUGGCUUGUUUCUAUAAGUGCAAGAGAGAGCUUCUGGUUGGCUGAAAUCCGGAGCUUCCAGAGUCAGCCUGACACUUAUGUAUUGUUGUAGUGCACAGGAAAGUAAAAUGGACUACAAGCGGCGCUUUUUGCUCGGCGGGUCCAAGCAGAAAGUCCAGCAGUACCAGAUGCCUGAGCUGAGCCGGACCCUCAGCGCCCCCCUGGGCUCCACCUGCUCCCCCAUGGGUGGCUCCACCGGGGUGGGCAUGCCCGGCAGCUGCCAAGCACCUCCCUCCACCCCCAACACCACUGCGGUCGCCGACAUCCAGCAGGGCAUCUCCAAGUACCUGGAUGCACUGAAUGUGUUCUGCCGGGCCAGCGCCUUUCUCACGGACCUGUUCAGCAGCGUGUUCAGGAACUCCCACUACUCGAAAGCAGCUAUGCAACUUAAGGACGUGCAGGAACAUGUCAUGGAGGCGGCCAGCCGGCUGACUGCAGCAAUAAAGCCAGAGAUCGCCAAGAUGCUGAUGGAGCUGAGCGCUGGGGCUGCCAACUUCAAAGACCAGAACGACUUCAGCCUGCAGGAUGUAGAGGUGCUGGGUCGGUGCUUCCUGACGGUGAUGCAGGUGCACUUCCAGUUCCUAUCCCAGGCCCUGCAGAAGGUGCAGCCUGUGGCCCAGUCGUGCCUGGCCGAGGCCCUUGCCCAGGCCCAGGAGCGACGCAGCAAUGUCCGCUCCCAGAGCUCCUGCCCUGGGCCCCUGACGGAGCUGGAGGAGGCCUCACGAUCAUGGAAGGGUGCAGCCGAGGCCACGGGCCGUCUGAGGGAGAGGGGACGUGACGGCUGCCUGGCAGGCAUCCAGGUCCAGCAGCUCUUCUGCUCCAACAACCCCAACAUCCCUGAUCACCAUCUGAAGGAGCUCAACAUGAAGAUCGACAAUGCCUUACAGGCUUAUAAAGCAGCACUAGAAAGUAUGGGCCACAGUGAAUAUGCACUGAAGGCUGGCUUUCACCUCAAUCCCAAAUCUGUGGAGAUAGCUUUACAGGGUUGCUGCAGUGAGGCAGAGGCCCAGCAGGCUGGCAGGAUGCAGACCAUCUCCCAGCCCAUUCAAUGUGAGCUGCCCACCAUCCCUGUGCAGAUUGGCGCCCACUUUCUCAAAGGAGUGUCCUUCAAUGAGUCGGCGGCUGACAACCUCAAACUGAAAACGCACACCAUGUUGCAGCUCAUUAAAGAGGCAGUGGGGCAGAACGGAGUGACCCCCCGGGACGACUCCCCCGUUACCGAGGUCCUCAACCAGGUCUGCCCUUCCAGCUGGAGAAUGGCCUGCAAGACCGCUGUCCAGUUACUGUUCGCUCAGGCGGGACUGGUGGUUGUUGACACUGCUCAGAUCGAGAACAAGGAAGCCUAUGCUCCACAGAUUGCUCUGGAGGGCUCCAGAGUUGUGGUACAAGUACCCUCCACAUGGUGCCUGAAAGAGGACCCAGCCACCAUGUCUCUGUUGCAGCGGAGUCUGGACCCAGAGAAGACCCUCGGCCUGGUGGACGUGCUAUAUACUGCAGUCUUUGACAUCAAUAGGUGGAAGGAGUGCAAAGAACAGGCCUUGCCCACCAUUCAGAUGCAGUUACAGCGGGAGAGCCCUGAAUACGGGAUGCAGGUAGACCUGUCUCCUGGAAAUGGCUCCAAAGCCUCCAGUGGCCUGCCCAAAACUAUCUCCAAGCUAACUUCCAAAUUCACUAAGAAGGCCUCUUCCAGCUCUGUGUCCAGUGUGGGUGGUGGUGGUGGGGGCAGCUACUCCAUCCCCAGCACCCCGUCCCAUAGCAUGCUCUCUAGCAGCAGCUCUGAAGACCAGCAGUUUAAGAGCCUGGGCCAAGCAGUAGACGGGAGACUGCAGAGCAUCUUACAGCUAGGCAACCUGUCCAGCAACCCCGACCCCACUCUGCCCCAGAACGGUUCAGUGUGUGACGACCAGGGCAUGAACCUCCCCACGGACCAGGAGAUGCAGGACGUCAUUGACUUUCUCUCAGGUUUCAAUAUGGGCAAGUCCCAGCAAGCCUCCCCACUGGUCAAAAGGAGGAACUCUGUGGCGUCUGCCAAUGCUGCCGAGCUGAAGCCCCCGAGCGGCACCACCGACCGAACCCCAACCUCUCAAGCUAUCUCCCACAGUUCACUGCAGCCCCCUACCCAGAGUAUGCCCCAGCAUCAGCAGCCAGUGCAGAAGCAGCAACAGCCACCACCACCACAGCAGCCCUCCCAGCAGGUACUGCAGUACUACCAACACCUCCUCCAGCCUAUUGGUCAGCAGCAGCAUGCUCCACCUCAGCUGCCCUCCCAACAGCCUCCACCCCAGGCUCUUCCCCAGCAGAGAAUGCCAAGCAAGUGGCUGAGUGGUUCCAGCCAGCAGCAGCCUCCUCCCCAGGGCCCCCCUCCCCCAGCAGGGCUCUCCCCCCUGGGUCCCAUUGGCCAGUGGGGCUCACCUGGCCUCCCAGACCUGAGCUCAGACCUGUACAGCCUGGGGCUGGUCAGCACCUACAUGGACAGUGUCAUGUCUGAGAUGCUGGGGCAGAAGCCACAAGGUCCCCGCAACAACACCUGGCCCAACAGGGACCAGAACGAGGGAGUGUUUGGGGUGCUGGGAGACACUUUGCCCUUUGACCCUGCAGUUGGCUCUGACCCUGAGUUUGCGCGUUACGUUGCCGGAGUCAGCCAGGCCAUGCAGCAGAAACGGCAGGUGCAGCACAUCCGUCGACCCAGCAACACCCGCGGCAACUGGCCUGUCCCUGAUGAGCAGCACAGGACCUGGUCCCACCCAGAGUAUUACAGCGAGGGGGAGGCGGUCCACAGCGGCUGGUCAGCCAAUCAGGGAGACUCUGCCAGCUCCAGUGAUGAGACGUCCUCAGCCAAUGGGGACAGCCUGUUCUCCAUGUUCUCUGGACCUGAUCUUGUUGCAGCCGUCAAACAAAGAAGAAAACACAGCUGUGGCGAGCAGGAGGUGUGUACCCUGCCCUCUCCUCCCCUCCAUCACUUGGGAGAUGAUAAUAACCAGGAAAGCAAAACUAAAACUUGGCCGCCGAAGGCCCCAUGGCAGCACUCCGCUCACACUCAACACAACACCAUGCCCAAUCCAAGCUCUUCCCUGUACCAGAUGAACAUCCCUUCCAGCCAAUGGAGUGAUUCCAUGCAGAUGUUGCAGUCUCCGGUGUGGUCCACUGGCAGUGACUGCCCUCCCUCCACCGGGAUCUCCUCUGGCUUCUCUCCCUACACCCAGCAGCAUCAGCCACAACAGCACAAACCCAUCAGCAAGGGCUUUAAAUCCUUCCCCAUCAAACAUGAGCACAGGCCCUCCUACCUUCACCAGUACUGAUACAGACCAAACAAAUGAGUCCAUUGGCAUGGUAGAAUACCUGUUGCUUUAUUUCUGAAGCAAGUUCCACUGCAACCAUUAGUAAUGUUGCCCUUUUGGAAUAACCAUUCAAUUGAAAACAUCCGUCUCUAAGUAUGUGUUUUCAGGCAAAAUUGCAUUGUUCAUACUGGCUUAACAUUUUGUAUGUAUUUUUCCAUUUCAAACGCCCCCUAUUUAAAAAAAAUGUUAAAAAAGACAUUCUAAACUGCCAUGUAAAAGCUGUAAGCAAUGCAUGUCCUACUGGCAGAUAGUCUGCCUGAUAAAGUUUAUACUGUGUUUCCUCAGACAAGAGCUUGAAACAUGCACGGCCAUCAUCCACUUUUCUUCUCCAGCUGAAAAUGUGUAAGGGAUAAGAUUUUAGGGGGUGGGCUCUAAACGAGACACUCCAGUUUUCCCCAUAAUAAUGUCUACAUAGCUGUAACUGCCAAAUCUCAUGUAAGAUGACUGACUACAGCUAACAUCUACUGUUCCAUAGCUUGUAAAUUACUGAAGUUGAAAUAUAAAUAAUUUACUUCUUUUUAUUAAGAGGCUUUGAGCAGGCUCAGCAUAAAUAUUAUAAUCAUUGCAGAGGUGUAAUUGAAAAAAAAAUACUACUUUUUCAACAACUGACAGAGUAAAAAAUUUAUAGCAGUAACUAUGUGCCAUGUUGGUAUUAAUAGCACUUGCAUAAUAUUAUUUUCCAACCAAAGCGUUGUUCAGAAGAUAAAUGGUGCUGAAGAGAUGUCCGUUUAUUAUAUUGAUCAUUAAUAGUUACGAGCCCUACGGAAAGUCUUUAUGAUCAAAAAGCGCAUUCAUUUCCUCUUCUUUCCCUGAUUGGCAGUUCAUCAGAAUGACACUAACUCAAACCUAAUGUUUCUUCCUUUAAAAUACAAUAUUUUCUUGUACAAAUAUUGACAGUAUUAAUCUUAUUUUUGUAUUUUCUUACAUGUUCUACAAUUACUGUAUAUGUUAGAACACAAUUCCCCCCCAAGACGUGAAGGCACAUUCAUUUCUUUAGUUCAGAGUUUAACUACACCAUAUCUAUAAAGGUUACCAAAUAUGCCAUUAUAAACACUAAAACAUUGUGUAGGGUAAUUUUUUUUUGCCCAUGUUUAUUCAGUUUCUAUGGCUACGGGCUGUAUUUAAAGGCCCAGAAUGUUAACUUUGAUGUUUGCGGAUGCCAAUGUUGCCUGUAUUUAUGAAAUGACACCAUGUUUUCUGAAAACUAACAUACCAUGUUUACAGAGAUUUGUUUGCUGUAUAAAUAUCUUUUUAUAGUUCUGUGCUUUGCACAAUCAAAAUAUAGGGUUUGUUGCAUUGUCUGUGUUAUUUCCAAAACUUUUUUUUUACAUCUUUAAAGACCUUGGACUGUAACCGUUAGCAUUUUAGCUGUGUCAAAAUGGUUUACUAGUGGCAUCUACAAAAAAAUGUUUUACCCUGACAGAAGAUAUGAAGGGGGACUGCUUGGCUUAUGUUGCUUAUUGUUCUCUUGAGCUGGCAACUGAAUCUUCCCAAGUGUACCAGCAAUGCAACAAAAAUGAAUAAAAAUGACUAGCAAUUGAA